CCGGCACCCAUUGUCCCCUAGAACCUUGUCUGUCCCUCUUUGAUUAAUCAAACCGUAAGACUGGCACUAAAUCCCGAUGGAUACAAAAUUGCUCAUGCCCCCCGCCAGCAUGGUUGUGAGUUUUCUCCUGUUACCAUUGUCCUGGUGCUUGUCUUGUCUUCCUCCCAUACCAGCAACAAGAUGUGGACAACAACCUGUGGCUUGCGGGGCAGGAAGCUCCAUAUUGCCAUUACCAUCACCUCCGUUCUGGGAUUCUCACUCUUCGGUUAUGAUCAGGGUUUGAUGUCCGGUAUCAUUUCCGGCGACCAAUUCACCAAGGAGUUCUCCCCUCUCUAUAUUCCCCCAGAGGAUGACCCAUCUUACUCCGCCUCUUACUCUCAGCAUGUCUCGGUCCUCCGUGGUGCGGUGACUGCCUGUUACGAACUCGGUUGUUUCUUCGGCGCCAUUUUCACCCUCAUGUACGGUGAAAAGAUCGGUCGAACCCCGUUGCUGGUCGCCGGAGGAAUCAUCAUGGUCGUCGGUGCCGUCAUCUCCACCGCUGCUUUCGGUCCUCAAUGGGGUUUGGGUCAGUUCGUUGUCGGUCGUGUGAUUUCAGGUCUUGGAAACGGCAUGGAUACGGCGACAAUUCCGGUCUGGCAGUCAGAAUGUUCUCGCGCUCACAAUCGGGGGUUCCUUGUCUGUUUUGAGGGUGCCAUUAUCGCCGUCGGCACUUUCGUCGCCUAUUGGGUCGACUUUGGUCUCUCGUACGUUAAUACUUCGGUCCAGUGGCGCUUCCCUGUCGCGUUCCAGAUCAUCUUCGCCAUUCUUGUCACCGUCGGCGCUUUGAUGCUGCCCGAGUCCCCUCGCUGGUUUGUCAUGAGGGGGCGUGAUGAGGAAGCACGCCAUGUCCUGGCCCAACUCAACGAUGCUGAACCCGAUUCGGAGAGUGUGCUCAACGAUUUCAACCUCAUGAAGGCCGACCUCAGAUCGACCCAGGACACCAAGGCCAGCUGGAAGACGCUCUUCACCUUUGGCAAGACCCAGGAAUUCCAGCGCAUGAUGAUCGGUUGCUCCGGUCAGUUUUUCCAGCAAUUCACCGGCUGCAACGCCGCCAUCUACUAUUCCACGCUGCUCUUUGAACAGAAUUUGAAUAUGUCACACCGUCUCUCAUUGGUUCUGGGUGGUGUCUUUGCCACAGUCUAUGCCCUCGCUACUAUUCCCUCCUUUUUCAUGAUUGAGAGGGUUGGCCGCCGCAACCUAUUCUUGAUCGGUUUCCUUGGCCAGGGUCUCAGUUUCAUCAUCACCAUGGGUUGCCUGGUUGACCCCACUGUGGAGAACUCCAAGGGUGCCAUUGUUGGUAUCUUCCUUUUCAUCUGCUUCUUCGCCUUCACGACUCUGCCGCUGCCCUGGAUCUACCCGCCGGAGAUCAACCCUCUCCGCACCCGUACCAUGGCGGCUGCGGCCUCGACUUGCACCAACUGGAUCUGCAACUUUGCCGUCGUCAUGUUCACCCCCGUUUUCUCCGACGCCAGUGGCUGGGGCAUCUACCUCUUCUUCGCACUCGUCAACUUUUGCGCCGUGCCCUUCGCCUGGUUCUUCUACGCUGAAACUGCGGGCCGUGAUCUGGAAGAGGUUGACAUUAUUUUCGCCAAGGCCCAUAUCGAGGGCAAGUGGGCCUACCAGGUCGCCAAUGAGUUGCCCAAGCUCAGUGCCGACCAGAUUGCUCAGAUGUCCGGUGACCUGGGCUUGAGUUUGCCGGAUGCGAGAGUCACAUAUGGAGCUGAAAAGGCAGAGAUCGCCAUUAGCAGUGGCGACAGCCAGGAGAAGCAUAUCACCGAAUAGAUAUCUCCUAUACUAACAGACAGUGGCCAUGUACAGUCAGGCCGUUUGAAGUUUAAUUUGGAGACGGAAAGAAUUGGCUCGCGGUGGGGUGCCACUGAUAGAUAUAAAUUAAUGUCUUGAUCCUCGCGCUAUUCUUAAUUGACUAUUUUGCUUCGCAUAAUUUGUACGUACAAGAAUGACAUUGUUACUCUUUUCUUCUGUCACAUAACGUUAUGGCUGGAAGCCGGUCUUCGACUUCAACUCCGUAGCUAAAUACGCG